CGGGGUUUCCCGAGCUGCGGGCAGGGGCCGCCGCGCCCAUCCCGAUGGCUGGAGGCGUCUGAGGGGCGGACUGAGGCGGCGGCGCAGCGCACGGCCGGGAGACAGCGGCCGCGCGGGCCCGAGCGACUCGCCGCACGCCCGACGCCGGGCCGGCCGGGACGCGGCGCCAGACUAUUUUACAUGUUGUGGAGACCAGACCAGAAACACUUCUGAUUAAAGAUCUCCUAUUCUCUGGGACAGCAGUGACGAGCGCCGACGUCAAAGAUGAGCGAGCUUGACCAGUUGCGGCAGGAGGCGGAGCAGCUCAAGAAUCAGAUCCGAGAUGCCAGGAAAGCCUGUGCGGACGCUACUCUUUCUCAGAUCACAAACAACAUCGACCCAGUGGGCAGAAUCCAGAUGCGCACCAGGAGGACACUGAGGGGCCACUUGGCCAAGAUCUACGCCAUGCACUGGGGGACAGACUCCAGGCUCCUAGUAAGUGCCUCGCAGGAUGGGAAGCUGAUCAUCUGGGAUAGCUACACCACGAACAAGGUCCAUGCCAUCCCCUUGCGUUCCUCGUGGGUCAUGACCUGUGCAUACGCCCCUUCUGGGAACUACGUGGCCUGUGGUGGUCUGGAUAACAUUUGCUCCAUUUACAAUCUGAAAACACGUGAAGGGAAUGUACGUGUGAGUCGUGAAUUGGCCGGACACACAGGCUACCUGUCCUGCUGCCGCUUCCUGGAUGACAAUCAGAUCGUCACCAGCUCUGGAGACACCACCUGUGCUUUGUGGGACAUUGAGACGGGCCAGCAGACGACCACGUUCACUGGCCACACUGGGGACGUCAUGAGCCUGUCCCUCGCUCCUGACACCAGACUCUUUGUCUCGGGGGCUUGCGACGCGUCAGCCAAACUCUGGGACGUCCGGGAAGGCAUGUGCCGGCAAACCUUCACUGGCCACGAGUCGGACAUCAACGCCAUCUGCUUCUUUCCCAACGGAAAUGCGUUUGCCACUGGCUCGGAUGACGCCACCUGCAGGCUGUUCGACCUCCGUGCGGACCAGGAGCUGAUGACCUACUCCCACGACAACAUCAUCUGCGGGAUCACCUCCGUCUCCUUCUCCAAGAGCGGCCGCCUCCUCCUCGCAGGGUACGACGACUUCAACUGCAACGUCUGGGAUGCGCUCAAGGCUGACCGGGCAGGUGUCUUGGCUGGACACGACAACCGUGUCAGCUGCCUGGGUGUGACCGAUGACGGGAUGGCCGUGGCCACCGGGUCCUGGGACAGCUUCCUCAAGAUCUGGAACUGAGGCCCACCAGCAGACCGGACAUGCAGCGACUGGCGGACCAUUCCAACGCACAGCGUUGCAGUGAUAGCAUUUCCACCCCUACUAACGUGGACGUCCUGCUCCUCCCUCCGAGCCUCUGAAGGGCCCCCUCUCCUUCACUUACUGCUGAAACUAAGAGCACAAUUCCCACUGCGAGAAGAAUUUCUGUGCUGGCAACUAAAACAAAUUGUGCAUUCCUUCCGGGACCAUUGUCUUUGUUUUCAUUUUUGUCUUGAAUGAAUUUAAAAGGAAAUACUAUAAUAAACAUGUUAACCAGCAGGUAAACUGGUGUGCUUGUGAGAGACACACGUUUCGCUAGUGACCCUGUUGGUUUCCUGCUAAGCGAGCAGAGGGCAUUAGCUUGUAAUCGGUUCUGAGUUGCAGGUUGUGUUUGUAGCAGGAUUUUGAAGACACUCAGAUUUCCUUUUUCAAAUACUCCUUUGUGUUCUGUAGUCAAGCAGAGAAAGGCCAGUGCAGCCUCCCAGAAGUCGUCGCUGCCGUCACCUAAUCUCUGGGGUCUCUUUCCCGUGAGUGUCCUGGCAGAGACGCACCUCGCACCGCAGCCCCACGUGUGCGGCGCCCACUCGGCCAAGUCCGGCGUCUCCCCCGCCCACGCCCUCUCCCCACGCACUUCCGUUCAGUCUCAGCUGGGUUUUCCUUGUGCAGUCGGAGGAAGCUGACGGGGCGAGCCAGACAUGGCCGUGCCCACCCCGGCAGGACCCUUUCCUGCGCUUGGUCAGCGGUCAGUUCUCUGUGUAUGAACAAUGUACAAAUCAAUGUUUUGGAAAUAACGAUCUCACACUUUCUAAGUUAAAUUUUAAAAAUUUGAUCAUUUACCAUAUUGGGUGGGUUUAUUCUUAGAAUCGCAUGCUGUAGAAAUGCUCCAAAGUGCAUAUAGGACUCGGCCCUUAAAUGUUCUUUCCUUUCUGAUGGACCCUCUGUCUGCUGCCGACCCCCGGCUCACCCACUCUGCUGCUCCACGCAGCGCCCCGCCUUUCUCUGUUCCUUUCAAACGCCCCGUCUGGGUGACACUUGGGCAGGGGCAGUGGAGGCCCCAUGGUGGCCCCCGCCCCCACCCAGCCUCCUCCUUAGCAGCAGUAGUGGCUUCUGUCCGUCCGUGAACUGUGCUGUCACCGGCAGGCCUGGACCUGGCAGAGAGGAAGCGCGAAGCCCUCCCCCUGCCCCCACCCCACCCGCCCUCUGUAGCUCUGCGCCCGUCCCCCCUCUUCACCUCUGGUAUUUAAUUUUAAAGUCCGUGUACUGCAAGGAAGCUGGAUGCAAGAUAGAUACUAUACUCAACUGUACUGUUAUUUAAGACGUAAUAAAGCAGUUUGACAUGA